GCGCAGCCCGCGGCGCGAUGGACGCCCCCAGGGUGCCCCCGACUACCUGCGAGCCCUGGCGCGGCCCGGGGCUCUGAGCGCGCCGUCGCACAGGAGUCUGCAUCAGAAGCGUGUAAAAUAGAUUGCUUGGUCCAAAAUAGAAAACCAGUGGCAAGAUUUUGCUGAGUCCCUAGACCUUUUCCCAAGAUGGAACCAAUAACAUUUACAGCACGGAAACAUCUGUUUCCCAGCGAGGUCUCAGUGGACUUCGGCCUUCAGAUGGUGGGCUCCUUGCCUGUGCAUUCUCUGACCACCAUGCCCAUGCUGCCUUGGGUUGUGGCUGAGGUGCGAAGACUCAGCGGUCAAUCCUCCAAAAAGGAGCCAGUCGUCAGGCAAGUUCGGCUUUGGGUUUCACCCUCUGGACUGAGAUGUGAACCUGACCCAGGGAGGAGUCAACAGUGGGACCCUUUGAUCUGUUCCAGCAUCUUUGAGUGCAAGCCACAGCGUGUUCACAAACUGAUUCACAACAGUCAUGACCCAAGCUACUUUGCGUGUCUGAUUAAGGAGGAUGCUGUCCACCAACAGAGUAUUUGCUAUGUAUUCAAAGCUGACGAUCAGACAAAAGUGCCUGAGAUCAUCAGCUCCAUCCGCCAGGCUGGGAAGAUCGCCCGCCAGGAGGAGCUGCGCUGCCCUUCUGAGUUCGACGACACCUUCGCCAAGAAGUUCGAGGUCCUCUUCUGUGGCCGAGUGACAGUGGCGCACAAGAAGGCCCCGCCGGCCCUGAUCGACGAGUGCAUCGAGAAGUUCAACCACGUCAGCUGCAGCCUAAGGGUGGAUGGGGAGCCACCCUUGAAGGGUCCCGUGCCCCCCGCCGAAGGGGUCCCAUCCCCUGGGGCCCCGAGGCACCGGCCAAUGCGCAAGUCCUUGUCGCAGCCUGGGCUGCGCUCGCUUGCCUACAGGAGGGAGUUCCAGGAUGGCGGCCUGCGGAGCAGCAGCUUCUUCAGCUCCUUCGAGGAGAAUGACAUCGAGAACCACCUGAUCAGCGGGCACCAUAUCGUGCAGCCCACAGACAUUGAGGAAAAUCGAACUAUGCUCUUCACGAUCGGCCAAUCUGAAGUUUACCUCAUCAGUCCUGACACCAAAAAAAUAGCAUUGGAGAAAAAUUUUAAGGAGAUAUCCUUUUGCUCUCAGGGCAUCAGACAUGUGGACCACUUUGGGUUUAUCUGCCGGGAGUCUUCAGGCGGUGGCGGCUUUCAUUUUGUCUGCUACGUGUUCCAGUGUGCAAAUGAAGCUCUGGUUGACGAAAUCAUGAUGACUCUGAAGCAGGCUUUCACGGUGGCCGCAGUGCAGCAGACAGCGAAGGCACCAGCCCAGCUGUGUGAGGCCUGCCCCUUGCAGGGUCUGCACAAGCUCUGCGAGAGGAUAGAGGGAAUGAAUUCUUCCAAAACCAAAUUAGAACUCCAGAAGCACCUGACGACACUGACUAAUCAGGAGCAAGCAACUAUUUUUGAGGAGGUGCAGAAAUUGAGACCAAGAAAUGAGCAGCGAGAGAACGAACUGAUUAUUUCUUUUCUGAGAUGUAUAUAUGAAGAAAAGCAAAAAGAACACAUCCAUAUUGGAGAGAUAAAGCAGACACCACAGAUUACAGCAGAGAAUAUUGGCAGUGAAUUACCAACCAAUGCUCCUAGAUUUAGGCUGGAUAUGCUGAAAAACAAAGCAAAGAGGUCUUUAACAGAGUCUUUAGAAAGUAUUUUGUCCCGGGGUAAUAAAGCCAGAGGCCUGCAGGAACAUUCUCCCAGCGUGGAUCUGGACAGCUCUAUGUCUAGUACAUUAAGUAGCACCAGCAAAGAGCUGUGCACGGGGGACAAGGAGACUCUGCCCGUCUCCGAGAGCUCCUUCAAGCUCUGCGGCUCCUCGGAUGACCUGUCCAGUGACUCGGAGAGCCAUCCCCCAGAGGAGCCUGCCCCGCUGUCCCCACAGCAGGCCUACCGAAGGCGAGCCAACACUCUGAGCCACCUCCCUGUGCAGUGCCCAGCGCCUCCAGAGCCCACUCAGGGGUCUCCAGGAGUCAGUCAGAGAAAGCUUAUGAGGUAUCACUCGGUGAGCACAGAGACACCUCACGAACGGAACUGGGUAACUGUGAUCACAGGAGCAGGACAUUCUCAGAAGCUGCUUAAUAAGUGCAUUUCAGAGACAAGCGUGGCCAUCUUGGACCAUCCAUCUGUGGGCCAGUCUAAGCGCUGCUCAAGGCAGCCUUCACAUCCUCCUCCUUCUCCUCCUCCUCAUCUUAACCCCUCUGCCUCUUCACCAAACUUUUUAAAAUGUCUAAAACAUAAUUCCAGUGGAGAACAAAGCGGGAAUGCUGUGCCGAAGAGCAUCUCGUACCGUAAUGCCCUGCGGAAAAAACUUCAUUCUUCCUCCUCUGUGCCAAAUUUUCUAAAAUUUCUGGCUCCUGUAGAUGAGAAUAACACCUCUGACUUUAUGAACACAAAAAGGGAUUUUGAAUCCAAAGCAGACCACCUGGGAGAUGUGGGGGAGACCCCCGUGAAGACUCGGCGGCACUCGUGGCGGCAGCAGAUCUUCUUGCGUGUGGCCACCCCGCAGAAGGCCAGUGACUCUGCUGGCAGAUACGAAGAUUAUUCAGAGAUAGGAGAGCUUCCCCCUCGGUCUCCUUUGGAGCCUGUGUGUGAAGAUGGGCCCUUUGGCUCUGUAGCAGAGGAAAAGAAGAGGACAUCGAGGGAGUUGCGGGAGCUGUGGAGAAAGGCCAUUCUACAGCAGAUACUGCUGCUGAGGAUGGAGAAGGAAAACCAGAAGCUGCAAGCCUCUGAGAAUGAUUUGCUGAACAAGCGCCUGAAACUUGAUUAUGAAGAAAUCACUCCUUGUCUUAAAGAAGUAACUUCAGUGUGGGAAAAGAUGCUUAUAACUCCAGGAAGAUCAAAAAUUAAGUUUGAUAUGGAAAAAAUGCACUCAGCUGUUGGGCAAGGCGUGCCACGUCAUCACCGGGGUGAAAUCUGGAAAUUUCUGGCUGAGCAGUUCCACCUGAGACACCCAUUUCCCAGUAAGCAGCAGCCAAAGGAUGUGUCCUACAAAGAACUCUUAAAACAGCUCACCUCCCAGCAGCACGCAAUUCUCAUCGACCUGGGGCGAACCUUUCCUACUCAUCCAUACUUCUCUGCCCAGCUUGGAGCAGGACAGCUGUCCCUUUACAACAUUCUGAAGGCCUACUCACUCCUUGACCAGGAAGUAGGAUAUUGCCAAGGUCUCAGCUUUGUGGCAGGCAUCCUGCUACUUCAUAUGAGUGAGGAAGAAGCGUUUAAAAUGCUCAAGUUUCUGAUGUUUGACAUGGGACUACGGAAACAGUAUCGGCCAGAUAUGAUUAUUUUACAGAUCCAGAUGUACCAGCUCUCACGGCUCCUUCAUGACUACCACAGAGACCUCUAUGACCACCUGGAGGAGCACGAGAUCGGGCCCAGCCUCUACGCUGCCCCGUGGUUUCUCACCGUCUUCGCCUCACAGUUCCCACUGGGAUUUGUAGCCAGAGUCUUUGAUAUGAUCUUUCUUCAGGGGUCAGAGGUCAUAUUUAAAGUGGCCUUAAGUCUUUUGGGAAGCCAUAAGCCUUUGAUUCUGCAGCAUGAAAACCUAGAAACAAUAGUGGACUUCAUAAAAAACACACUACCCAACCUGGGUCUGGUGCAGAUGGAGAAGACCAUCAAUCAGGUGUUUGAGAUGGACAUUGCUAAACAGUUACAAGCUUAUGAAGUUGAGUACCAUGUCCUUCAAGAAGAACUUAUUGAUUCCUCUCCGCUCAAUGACAACCAAAGAAUGGAUAAAUUAGAGAAAACCAACAGCAGCUUACGCAAACAGAACCUUGACCUCCUUGAACAAUUGCAGGUGGCACAUGGUAAGAUCCACAACCUUGAAGCUAUGGUAGAGAAGCUCCUGACCAGCGAGAGCAAGCUGAAGCAGGCCACACUGGCCUUGGAGCUGGAGCGGGUUGCCCUGCUCCAGAUGGUGGAGGAGCUUCGGAGGCAGCCUGCAGAGAUGAGUGCUGGGCAGCCUGAGCCCAUGGAUGACUGACAGCUCUGCAGAGAGAUUGCACACCUUCCUAACACUGUCCAGGCCUUAAUGAUGACAGGCAGAAGAUCCAGGAGUGAGAGUGGAGUAUGAAGCGAACUUCUCAGGGAGAAAACUGGCUUGCCAACAAGCAAAUUUUCUUUGAGCUCAGACUUGCAAUUCAGAGGGCAAAUGUCCCAGUGUUUUUGUUAUUUUUGUUUUAGGUUCUGAUUCAUCCCUUCUCCAGUCCUGAUUGCUGUUCUCAGUAGCUUUAGAUGGCAUGGACAUAAAUAAAUGCACCUUUGUGUUUUCUUCUUGUUUCCUGUUUGAGCAGCCCCACGUUUGUAAAGAACAUUCAUAAUGCUGAGAUUUCCAAAGCAGGAAGCACUCAAGACGAUCCCUCAAGCAAAAGUGUGGGUCUAUUCUUUAAGACAGAGUCCAUGCGACCACACCUUCAGGGCCACUGACAAGGUACAGUUGGCACUUGUCCAUUCUUGUCAUGGAAACCUAAGCUGAUGGUGGGGAAAGACUGAAAGGGAUUUAUUUAAAUUGGGUAUCUUGAUGACUAUCAGUAAACUUGAUCUGUAUGCUUGGUACGUAACAAAAUCUGCUUUUAAAAACAAUUAGAGUGUUUUUCAUACAUUUUUGCUUGUCAGGUUAAAUGUAGUUGAUCAGAGUCAUGGUAGAUAAAUUUUUUAUAGUAAAAAUCACCAGUUUCAGACUUCUACCAGGUAUUGUUAGCACGUGGUCAAUAAUUUCUGGGUCUGAGAUAUUUAUUUUUUUGUGUGAUGGUUUCACACCCAUACUACAGAGUCAUGUAUUUAUUUUUGCCUGUUGUAUGAUUUCAGCUGUGUGUUCCUUUGAGGCUCAACCUCUUGGAAAUCUGAUUCCUUAUAGAAGGAGCAGGCCACAGCAAGAUUUUCAGGGGUGCCCAAGACUCUGGGCCUUGCAAAAGAGUCCAGGCUGAAAUUGCAAUCAGAUGUAUGGCAGCUAACAAUUUUUCAGAGGUAGGAUUGUAUUUUGAAGUAGCUCACAACAAGUGACUCCCCAUCCUCCGGAUGAUGAGAACCCUGUGCCUUCAAGUGAAAUGCUGCUCACAGCUGCCCUGCCUUCAGCCGGUCACUGCACAAGGCCUCUCCCCAUGCUCUUAGAAUGGGUUGUUUCUUUGCAAAGGACCAGAGAACUCUGCAGGUGCGGGCCGCCUCCUGGACAGAGGGAUCAUUUCUGGUCUUCAUGUUCUAGUGGUAAUCAUGGGAGUUUCUUUUGACUGUCUUGGCAGCAGGAUCUUUUUUACACCUGGGGUGAGAGGGCAGAUUGCUGUAUUAGUCAAAGUCAUUACAAAAAUCUCCCAGACAUUGCAAAGGGUGACCAAAGUGCUCCCCCAGUGCCUAAAGGGUUGGUUGGCAUUUGAGACUUGUUCCUGUUCCCUGGGUCAGAGGAUAGCAAUUCUCAUCUUGAACCACGAUGAUAAAUCCAGUAGCUGCUAUGCCAAUUGGUUCUGACAGAUAGAGCUUAGAUUACUUAACAUUUGAGGGCUUUUUUUCCACAUUGUAUUUUACUAUUGAAUGUUAAUAAUGUUGAAUUUUGGACAUCUUAUUGCUAUUCUUCAAAAAUAUUGUGCAUUGAGAAACAAGAAAGCAAUAAAAUGAUAAAUAACUCA